CAUUUCCAACGCCACUCAGAGACUAACAAAUGUAUACAAAGGUGCCCUUAGUCAUAAAAAGGAGGCUCUUUAUUAUCAAAGGUAACAUUCAAAUAAAAGUCAGUUUACAGCUGCUGCGUUAUUCUGCACAUUAAAGUCAGAGGAAAUGUCCUCCUGCUGAACAAACAGCGCUAUCAGUCAAUCUCUCUCUCUCUCUCUCUCUCUCUCUCUCCCUCCCUCUCUCUCUCUCUCUCUCUCUCUCUCCCUCUCGAGCGCAGAGGACAGCACACACACACACACGCACACACACACGCAGGCGCUCGCCGACAUACCGACACACACUUUGGCGCUGCUGCUGUAUCACACCAAUGUCAUUGCCGAGCUCGUGCUGCUGAGAGCCGCGCGCUCGCUGAAAAGUGACUGUUUUACCCAACGACCGACCGCUCUCCUUUCGGUCAGCUGUUCCCUCACAGACACCCCCCCACCCACCGACCCACCGGAGGACAGCAGGCGGAGGAGAGCCGCGAGGACCGGGAUGUGUUCCUCGGAUGGAGAGCCGGCGGCGGUGCCCGAGUGAGAGCACCACGGACACGGCUGAUCUGUCUGUGUUUAAUCGGUGAAAUUAGCACCUCUCUGAUCCACCGAUCCAUCGACCCAACUGACUGUUGAGUGGCAGGAAAGAGAAGGGGAGACCGUGCGCAACGGAGACACCGGGACCAUGAUCCGGAGCUGCACGCGGGUGCACGGAGGUUAUCUCUGAAAGAGAAGAAGAACAGAAAUAUAAAUAGUGAAGGAAACGGUGUUUGAUCUAUUCUGCUCGUGCAGUAUCCCCUCACUGAUCCCGUUAAUCUACUGAUCCAUUGAACGGGGACGGUUUGUUUUGCGCACCGGACUCACCGGGACCAUGAUCCGGAGCUGCUUGAGAGUUUUAUCCGAAGGUUAAGAGAAGAGAAGAAGAAUCAAAACAACAAAAAGACGGGUUUUGUUUGUCUUUCUUUUUUUUUUUUUUUACUGCUCAGUCGAUCCCUGCAUUGAUCCCGGUGAUCGGUAACUGCUCUGUGCGGGGAGAGAGACGCGAAAGAACCGGAGGAGGAGGUUGUUAAAGUCCGCACCAUGAUCAGGAUCUUCCCGGAUUUCAGCGUCCAGGUGACUGCCUCGGCGGGCGGAGGACCCGGGGCUGGAGGCGGAGGAGGAGGCGGUGGAGGUGGCGGGAUGGUGGCCGGACCCCAGGUGGGUCGGGUGCCGAUCCCCGGAGCUACGAACGGGACCCCGCAGAGCGUGCAGGGGCUAGGCGCGUACCAGCAGAGUGACCCCUACUGGGAGCGGCCGGCUAAUGCGGGCAGCUGCUCCGCCGCCCGGCCCAAGACCCUUCACCUGGCCGGCCAGCAGCACACCUCGUCACCAUGGCUGCAGGCUCUGAGGAAGGAGAAGUCACGGGACGCGGCGCGAUCGCGGCGGGGAAAGGAGAACUUUGAGUUUUACGAGUUGGCCAAGAUGCUGCCGCUGCCGGGCGCCAUCACCAGCCAGCUGGACAAGGCCUCCAUCAUCCGGCUCACCAUAAGCUACCUGAAGAUGAGGGACUUCGCCAACCAGGGAGACCCUCCUUGGAACCUACGCAUCGAGGGACCGCCGCCCAACACCUCUGUGAAAGCUAUCGGUGCCCAGCGAAGGAGGAAUCCCGGCGUCGUCGCCUCCGACAUCUUCGAGCCUCACCUGGGCAGCCACAUCUUACAGUCUCUGGACGGGUUCGUAUUUGCACUAAACAAGGAGGGACGCUUCCUGUACAUCUCUGAGACCGUCUCCAUCUACCUGGGACUGUCACAGGUGGAGCUGACUGGCAGCAGUGUCUUCGACUACAUCCACCCGGGCGAUCACGUGGAGAUGGCCGAGCAGCUCGGCAUGAAGCUUCCUCCAGGCCGAGGGAUGUCUAUGUCCCAAGGAGCCGUCAACGAAGACGGGGCAUCCUCGGCUUCGUCGUCGUCGCACUCUGAGACCCCCGAACCAGUGGAGUCGAGCAGUCCCAGCCUCCUGGCUCCUGAUAACACCCUGGAGCGCUCCUUCUUCGUCAGGAUGAAGUCGACGCUCACAAAGAGAGGAGUGCACAUCAAGUCCUCAGGAUACAAGGUGAUUCACGUCACGGGACGUCUGCGGAUCAGGAUGGCUUUGACGCACAGCCGCUCGGUGCCCAAUCAGAUCAUGGGGAUGGUGGUGGUGGCCCACGCCCUCCCCCCGCCCACCAUCAACGAGGUCCGCAUCGACUGCCAAAUGUUCGUCACCCGAGUCAACAUGGACCUCAAGAUCGUGUACUGCGAGAACAGGAUCAGCGACUACAUGGACCUGACUCCGGUGGACAUCGUGGGGAAGCGGUGCUAUCAGUUCAUUCAUGCUGAAGACGUGGAGGGAAUCAGACAGAGUCACCUGGACUUGAUGAAUAAGGGUCAGUGUGUGACGAAGUACUACCGGUGGAUCCAGAAGAACAGCGGGUACAUCUGGAUCCAGUCCAGCGCCACCAUCGCCAUCAACGCCAAGAACGCCAACGAGAAGAACAUCAUCUGGGUCAACUACGUCCUCAGUAAUCCAGAGUACAAAGACACGCCCAUGGACAUCGCCCAGCUGCCGAACCUGCCCGAGAAAACCUCGGAGUCCUCGGAAACCUCCGACUCUGAGUCCGAGUCCAAAGAGAACUCUGACAACGAGAACGCCAAGUCUGAGGGGAAGCCAGGCCACCAAUCAGAACGCAGCGAGGACCCCGAGGCUGACAGCAAGCGUCAGCAGCCCGGCCAACCACAUUGCUCCUCGGAACAGGAAAUGAAGCGUCAAGAAGAAGGAGACAGCUCGAGUAACCCUGAGAGCCAGGACAGUGACGACAGUCUUGAACCUUCAGAUGUUGAGGCGGAGGAAGUGGAGGAGGCAAGUGUAGGAGGAGGUGGGGGAGGAGGUGGAGGAGGAAGGCUGGGGAGAUUGACGGGACUGGGAGCGUUAGGGGGACUGGGUGCCAUUGGAGGACUAGGGAAUCUGGGAGGGCUUCAUAUUAAAGUAGAGCACUAUGGAGAGGGGGAGGAAGUACAGCUGCACAACUCUCAAACUUCUUCCUCAGAGGAGGAGGAAGACGAGGACGAGGAGGAGGAGGAGGAGGAGGCAGACGAUGGCGGCGUACAAAACUGUGAUGCCGGAAGCAGGCUCCAGAAGAGGCGGAAGAGGAGGAAAGUGCAGAAAUGGGAUGGAUCCCGAAGCAGGAGGCUCCGUCUCUCCUCGACGACGCCAAGCCCUGUGAACAUGGGAGACACCACACCGCUCGUAGACCCAUCCCAAGCCACCAACUCCUCCCACCUCCUCACCGCAGCCGGCUCCCCAAACAGCCCAGGUGCAUCGUCAGUCCUGAAAAUCAAGACAGAGAUGGCAGAGCCGAUCAACUUUGACAACGACAGCAGCAUCUGGAACUACCCGCCCAACAGAGAGAUUUCCAGAAACGAGUCGCCGUACAGCAUGACCUCCAAACCAGCCGCCCCCGGCAGCCAUGACUCCUUCCCGUCUCCCCAAGGAGGCUCACUGCAGGUAGCGAUUCCCGACUCAGUCCUCACUCCUCCUGGAACCGAGGGAGGCGCAGGAGGAGUGAGGAAGACUCCGUAUAACGGAAGCUCAGCCCCGUCUUCGGCUUCCAGCGCUGCAAGUUUAGCUCCUCCCUCCAGCGCCUCCUCUGCUGACCCCCUGUCCCCUCCUCUCUCUGCCUCGCCACGGGACAAGCAACAAGGCACCCCCACCACCUCCUCCUCUUCUUCCUCUUCGUCGUCCUCCUCGUCGUCCUCGUCAACCUCCUCUUCGUCACUGUUGUACUCUGGCGAACUCGAGGCGCUUCAGCGUCUGCAGGCUGGUAACGUGGUGCUCCCGUUGGUGCACCGCGUCACAGGGACUCUGGCCUCCACCAGCACAACGGCUCCACGGGUUUACACCACCGGGACCAUCAGGUACGCACCGGCGGACGUCACACUGGCCAUGGCGCAAGGCAACCUCCUCCCCAACGCUGCCAUGAAUUUCGUCGACAGCUCCGGGUUCGGUCUGGACCCAAAGACGCCGAUGGAGAUGCUCUACCACCACGUCCACAGGUUAAACAUGUCCGCAGCAGCCGCCGCCGGCCCCUUUGUCGGAUCUCCAGCGGUGACGGGUACCAACGGCGCCCUGGGAGGCCAGAUGCCGACAGCAGCAAAUGUUUUCACCACGGCGGAGGGACUUUUCUCAACGCUACCGUUCCCGGUGUACAGCAACGGGAUCCACACCACACAGACAACUCUGGAGAGGAAGGAGGAUUAACGCGAAAUGUUCGAGACCGCAUUACUGUGUUCAAGGAAUCAACGACAAGACUGCUCACUAGGAAAGGAAACAAAAGACUUUUUACUUUCUUUUAUCAACACAGCACUGUGUUUCUGAGAGCGGGGGAAGGACAGGAGAAGGACGACAGAUGUACUCUAGCACUUUGAACCUGAGCAACUGAGCUUGUGUAAUAGACAUGAAUGACCCUCAAACAUGUCCCACUUUUCUAUCUUCUCUCUCUCCUCCUCAUCCUCUUCGUCUCCUCUCUGCGUCUGUCUCUUCGCUCCUGUUUCUUGCGAUCAGCGAGGUUUUUUUCUCCUGAACAAAUGAACAAAUACAGACUUUCUUUAUUGUAAAGAAUUCCUUUUUUUGCCUACAGAGAAUUCAUAUGACCUGAGGACUCUGCUGGAGCCUGACGGGAUCAUUUUUAUUAUUUGUCUUGUUUCUGUUGCGUCUUUAUGAAGAUGCUGAUUGUUUGUAUUUAAAGGAGGACGCUGCAGGGAUUUGUAAUGGACAGCAAACUCUGUGCGGCGCUCCUCCGUAUGUUUCUUGAUGUGAUCAAGACGUGAAAAGUUUUUAAAAGCGAGAAGAGGGAGCUUUCCUCCUGGAAAAGGUCUCCGAGAUAAUAAUCUUUUAAAAAAAAAGGUUUUUGAGGAAGUUUCUCGAUCGAGGGAAUAGUUUAGAGAAUUAAUUUGUCUUUAAUUUCUUCCGUUUUUUUUAUAAAAAUACUCAGACUUAACUUACAAAUCAAGCAUUACGAAGAAAAACAAACAAAAAAAGCAAUUUCAGCCGGGUAAUGACCUGUGAAAUCUCGAAUGUUACUACUUCCUCUUUUAUCCCAGGAGUCUAUCUACAGGUCUCGCACCAAACAUAACCUCCUCUUCCAUCUCUACACAUCUCAAUCUGUCGUUCUCUCUCUCUCACUUUCACUCCGACUGAUCUUUAAUCUCGCCGUCUGCAUUUCUAGCUGUCGAUCUACAGAUUCAUGGUGCUACCGACCGUCCAGUAACCCUGAUUCAGCUGGCUGAUAUGGGUGCUGUAAACGACCCACGGCUCGCUGACAGACUGACCGCGUUUAUUUGUUUUUGGAGGGGGAACCAUUUUAAACUUUGUUUUUACUCAUCUGACCUUCAGGAAAGUCAGAAACGCAGCAAGAACCUUAAAACCUCCAAGUCAGCGAGAUCACCUCCAUGUGUCCGUCUGAUUGGACCGUGAGGGGCACCUCUGCCCGGCAACAUGGAGAUGAUUGGUUGAAUUUUAGGCUGUGUAGAGUUGUUUUUUUU